UUGCAAGCCGGUGAACCUUCCCUCGCCGUCCAUCUUGGAAAAGAUCACGAGGAGUUUUAGUCUGUUGACUUGAAAUCUGCAAAUUUAACAUGUUUACCUGCAGUAAAUUUACUUCCUCUGCUACUAGAAUUUUAGCCGGCAGUGGGCGCACGUUGGUGAAUGCCGCCACUCGUCCCCAGUCACAGGCUUUGGUCAAGAGUGGUCCCCAGGCUAGAAACUUGUUCUGUCUAGCAAGARCCGCAACGAGUCCAGCAACAGGUUCACAAAAUGAUAAUUUACUCCAAAACAAGACAUCGUUAGCAACAAUGGUAAGCCGUGGAUUCCAAACAAGCUCAGCAGUACAAGAUGUUGACUCUGCUGCCAAGUUCAUUGGUGCUGGAGCUGCAACUGUUGGUGUUGCUGGYAGUGGAGCUGGUAUUGGAACAGUGUUCGGAAGCCUUAUUAUUGGAUAUGCCAGGAAUCCAUCCUUGAAGCAACAGCUAUUYUCCUAUGCCAUUCUAGGUUUUGCCUUAUCAGAGGCCAUGGGUCUUUUCUGUCUUAUGAUGGCAUUUUUAAUCCUGUUUGCUCUGUAGAAUGUUUCUUGUAGGAAUGUGUGAUCAUGUGCUGAUUUGUUUCCUAGGCACAUUGUUAUGUGGGGAACGUUUCUAUGUGAAGUCCAUUUUUGUGAUGAAUGCAGUAAAUGCUUAACAAAUAAACAAAUUACCAAUUUCAA